GUAAACACGACCACUUUCCCUCCAUACUUGCUACUGAACACACCUGAAAAUGGAUUCAGCUCAAAUUUUAAAUAUCUUUAUAAAGGCUGGAGUCCUUCCUGUUGCAAAUAACAAACAUGGUCAAGCAAGAAUGGAUCUUUCCAACAAGAUGUUUCUUUUCCUAAAUUUGUUUCGCAUUUUUCCCCUUAGUGGCUAUCUAUAUUUUAGCAUGAUCAAUCUGAUGGAUGAUCUUAAUCUAAAAACUGUAGUUUCAUUCUUGUUCCGAUCUGUUGGAUUUGUAUCAGGACCUGUGCUAACCCUGAUGCUUUCAUACACUGCACAAAGCCUUGGAGUUUACACACUGACUGGAACAAGCAAGAUGAGUAGAAUUAAUUAUCUUAUCCCUAUUGUGUAUCCUAUAAUUUACAGUUCUGGGAUAGCAGUUAUGGAAAUUCCAGAUGGAAUGCAUUUGAAUACUUUAUUGGAGACUAUUUGCUUUUCAGUUUCUCUAAUUAUUGUACUACUUUAUCUUAUACUUGAUUACGGAAUACUAUUUGUCUCAUGUUUCUUGUGGGUAAAUGAUUUACGGGUAAAAAUUGCCGCUCUGCUCUUCAAGAAGAAUAUUACGAUCGAAGAAUGUGAAGAAAUAUUGCUUCAUUAUAAUACACUGAGAUCUGCAAUAGAAUUAACUGUUCUGGCACUAUUUUCUGUAACUCAGUUUUACUCAAUUACAGCUGCAUACCUAGGAUUUAGUGGUGAUCUCUUCAAUCUUGCCAGUUUUAUACCAGCUCUAAUAGUUACCUUGGUUUUACUAACCGGCAUAAACGUUAUUGAAGAGCUUUACAAUAUGACGGACCAACUUAUGGAGAAAACCAAAGAGGAAGGCCUUGAAAAGGCUUCCUUCAGGGAGAUGUUGAGAUACAAGAAUACAGCUAGCAAGCUUCGUAGAGUUGGACCCUUUACUGGCAUGGGCUUCUUCACACUGGAUAGGAAUACACUUUCAAUUAUGCUGUCCAUUACAGUAACAUAUAUUGUUGUUCUCUUACAGUCAAGUUAGGUGGACAAAAUGGACAGGCCAUUAGAAACCCCCCUCUUUUUAAACUAAUAAUUGUUUAAUAAAUGCUUCUUUUGAGGACUUUUCUGCUCCAAAGUUGCCAACAGAAAUUUACCCAAUCUAAUUAGAAGUUUCGGCUUUAUAUUUUAAAAUGCUUUGUUUAACAGACUGUAAAUUUAAUCUCAUGUUAGAUUCACAAAAGUACCAUUUAAACUCUAUGUCUAAUCAUGAAUUAAUUAAAAAUUAAUGUAUUUGUUUUUGAUAACUGUUUAAUUUUGUUGUUGUUUCUUUGAAAAAGUGGCGUGCCUAUAUUUUGCUUUAGAAACAAUGGAGAAAGUGUCAGAGCUAAACACUUUUCAACUGAGAAAAACAACGUUUUCUUCCACAUAGGUUUCAAGGGUACUGUUGUGAAUAUUUAGGUGGAGGAUCGCUUAGAAUAUCAAUUAACCAGUCCCUUUCAGAAGUCAUUCUUUAAGAAACUUAAAAAAAUGUCCUAAAUUAUCACCAAAACUCUGUUAACAUUUGUAAUUGCAAAACGUAUUGACGAUAAAGAAAAAUUUUUCAACUUUAUUAAUAUAUUCUGGAUAAUGUUUAAAGAAACUGAUGUGAAUCAAUGAUGGCACAUUUGAAUUAGGGUCAGUUUAUUUUUUUCCUGUCAGAUAAAGAUUUAUUUUAUCUAUGAAAAUGGUGAAAAAUUCUUAAGAUUUUUUUGUGGAAACUAUUAACAGCCUAGCUCACAUCCUAGCUUGCAUUUCCUGGUUUAUAUUAAUCAUUUAUUUUUCUUGGAAAACUAUUAAUACGCUUCUUUAUUUACUUUACUUAGAGGGGUUCUACUUCUGGGACUAUAUAUUUGGUAACCAAACACCUGCAUCAAACGGUUAACUUAUAUUACUUGAGCAAAUAUUUGAUUCACAAAACACAUUCAUUUAUAAUUGUAUUUAAAGAAUAAAUUAAUAAAUGCUUAUAUACGCUGGGAACUUUUUGUA